UUGACUUUUGUCGCUUUCAGGUAUUUACUGGAGUGAAAGUUCCAUGCCGAGGGAUACAUAACUGGACAAAUGACCCGGAGAUGGACAAAUGGUGUACAGAUAAUUGUGCCAUCGGCAACUGCCCGGUAUAUGGAUGUGAUUGUAGCAAUGGGACACAACUCGUGACAAAGGCAUCAACUACACAACAACCAUCAACAACAACAACAACAACAACAAGAACGACAACAACAACAUCUGCACCACCACCACCACCAACAACAACGACAACGACGACUCAAACAUCGACUUCAACAACCACAAGGCCAACAACAACAACGACACUGCCCAGUACGACAUUAUCAACGCCACAACUGCCACCAGGGGGUAUGGGAAAGCAGCUUGAGUGUAAAGCUAUAAACCUUUGGGAAGGAAACUCAUACCUUGACAGACUGUGCGCUGAUACUUGCUCAAAGGGAAACUGUCCUUCUAUGUCAUGUAAAUGUACCUUUGUAAACAAAGUUGUGACCCAGUCCACCACCACAGUUACAGCACCUACAACAUUGCCCAAACUUGGAACAAAAGUUUGUCUGGCUCUUAGCAUUUGGAAAGGAAUUAAGGUGUUUGAUAAUUGGUGUACGGAGGAAUGCAAUAAGGGUAACUGUCCACUAGAUACGUGUCAAUGUACGGAAGUCACUGCUUUACCCGCGAGUACGUCAUUUCCGCCAACAACAACAACAAGUGACACGACGCCAUUAGGCAGGUGCACGUCUAACGAAAUAGUGGGCGGGGAUUAUUGGAAUGAAUGGUGCCAGAAAAAAUGUGACAAAGGAGAAUGCGAUAUUGGAUACUGUUUCUGUAAUAUUUAAUACGUGGGAGUGAUUUUGGAGGAAUUAUUCCCCUUAUCCUAGCUUAUCCAUUAUUCCGAUAACGCCUUGAUUGCAUUCACUGACUGUCAGACGUAUGACGUGAGUGAUUGCCGACUGACAAUUUUAAAACCAAUGAAUCAAUAAUAUUGAUAUAUUAAUCAGAAAUCCAUCAAUUAUUAUCCUAUUAUUUAACGCCCUUGUCUACUUUUUCUGAUUUUUUUUUUAAAUAAGUAAAUUGCUUAAUUUGCAUUUUUGUAUAUAACAAAUGACAUUUCUGCAGUUAAGGAAUGUGAACACUAAAUACCAGGUUUCUAUGUCAGUGUUAGGAUUACAUUA